GUCAGGCCGCCAGGGUGAAACCGCUGCUGCAAGAACGACGCGCGGAUCUGCUCCUCCCAUCGCAGCUGCACAAACUGGUUGCAGCGCUUUUUCAAACACAUUUCAAGGUUCCGGAACGCCGUCGGCUGUUGUUCUGUGUGGAAGGGAGCAGCUUGGGAUGCGGACGGUUCAUUUGGUUUUUUCAAGGGCGAACUCGCUCGUCUUAACAAGCAUGAGAGACGAAAGACGGCAGCGCCCGUCCACCUGGCAUCUGGCACUGCUGGCCAUCGCUCUGUGGACAACAGCAUUCUGCGGUACUGCUUCCGGCACCCCACCCCCUUCAUCCGCGGCUGCGGCGGGCCCAUCGCCAUUUCGAGGGCCGUACUCGCGGCAAGUUGUGGCUGACCUGUGGACCAGUAGGGCCCAGCGAGGAGCCAAUUCAUUGGACCCACAGACGGACCUCUUAUCGGGGACCCCCCUUUCUGGUGUGGACAAAGACGCGGUGCGGCGACAACGGAGGAAGAAAUUCCGCGACGCGCUCGACAGCGUGAGGAGUGCGCUGCCGAGAAUUAAGAUCAAGACGGAGCCGAAGGUACGCAGAAAGCAAGCAAGCGUCCCUCACGCCCGCGACGGCCGUCGUGUGCGUUCUUUUUCCCUCUGGCUGUCUGUGUUGAACACAGACCUUCCUGAAGAUUCGGAAGACGCUGUUUCCUUUAAAGACGCGGCUGACGGUUGGUGCCGACUAUUCGCUGCAGGAUCGUCAAUGGAAGCUGGUGAGCAGCUGGCAGGACAAUGUCAUCGGCGGCACCAUCACCCUCAACGGGCGCGAGUUCAGCAUCGCCAAGGACUGGUUCCUCCCCUUCAGCGAGAUCGACCAGCACCAGGUCGGCGCCAAGCUGCGGGUGCACGCAGGCCUCAAUAUGGACACAGGACGGCUGUUCGCCAAGUUCCGCAUGCGUGCUGAGCGGCUUGCGCCCAUCGCCUUCGGUGACGGCAUCCGGAUCGACCAGCGAGUGCCCCUUGACGGGCGCAAUGGCAACGCGAAGCUGGAGGUCAAGGGUCGCGUGAGUUUCCCCGAGCCGCAGGUGGAGUACAGCACUGACAGGCAGGGCAACGUUGGGAUCAUGACGGGCAUGGGGGACGUGGAGGUGGCCAUCGAACAGCUCAAUCUGUGCUUUGAGUACUGACAAACGGACUGGCUAAUUGAGGGCGAAUGGAG